CAAACUCUGUGUCUUUGUGAGAGAAUUCUGAGUUUGGAGUGCAAACAGAAACCACUUCCCUUUCCUUACCUUUCUUACUUUCUUCCUGUUGUGAACAAGGCUGCUGAACUUGUUGGAGGAGCUUUUCUCUCUUCUUUUCUCAAUGUUCUUUUUGACAGGCUGUCCGAUCAUGAGAUCAUCAACAUGAUGCGAGGAAAGAAGGUUGACCAGAGGCUGCUUCAAAGGCUGGAGAACAUUCUGAACGUGGUUGAAGCUGUGCUGAAUGAUGCUGAGAAGAAACAGAUCACUGACCCUGCUGUCAAGAGGUGGCUCGAAAAUCUCCAAGAUGCUGUCUAUGAUGCUGAUGACUUGUUGGAUGAAGUUGCCACCAAAGCUGCCACUCAGAAAGAUCCAGGUAACUUCCUGUCUCGCUUUCUCAAUUUGCCAGAUAGGGAGAUGGUUACUAGGAUUGAAGAAAUCAUUGCUAGACUAGAAGAUAUUGCAAAACACAAAGAUAUCCUUCGUCUCAAAAAGAUUGCAGCCAAGAACAUGUCUGGGAGGAUUCCAUCAACCUCACUGGUUAAAAAAUCUGAUAUAUUUGUUGGAAGGGACAAAGAGCCAGAUAUAAUAGUGAAAUUGUUGUUAGAUGAUGUCAACAAUGGUGAACUGUCUGUCAUUCCCAUCGUUGGCAUGGGUGGGAUAGGAAAAACUACUUUGGUUAAAUUGAUUUACAAUGAUGACAUGGUGCAGCAAAAAUUUGAUGUGAAGGCAUGGGUUUGUGUUGGAGAGGAGGUAUUUGAUGUUCUUAAGGUGACAAAGGCUGUGAUAGAGAAAACUUGCAGUCCUUGUUACUCAAAUGAUUUAGAUACAACUCAAAAUCAUUUGAAGAAUGUGUUAGCGGGGAAAAAAUUCUUAGUUGUUCUGGAUGAUGUAUGGAGCAGCAAUCGUGAGGGUUGGGAAAGUUUUCUAACUCCUUUUGAAUGUGGAAGCGAGGGAGGCAAGAUUCUUGUAACAACCCGUCUUGAUACGGUUGCUUCUAUGGUUAAAACUAAACAUAAUGAAACUCACAAUUUGAGUUUGUUGGAUGAAGAACAAUGCUGGUCAGUGUUUGCAAAUCGUGCAAGGGAGCCUGCCGAAUCCCGAGAUCGUUCAACUUUAGAAGAAAUUGGUAGAAAAAUUGUUAAAAAAUGUAAAGGAUUACCUUUGGCAGCUCAAACACUCGGAGGGUUAUUGAGAGGGAAAGAUAAUGAAAAGGAUUGGAAUGAUGUUUUGAAUAGUGAAUUCUGGGAACUCUCUGAGGAUUAUUUCCACCUUCCUUCGUAUUUAAAACGUUGCUUUGUUUAUUGUUCUUUGUAUCCGAAGGACUUUGAAUUUGAUAGAAAUGAACUGACAUUAUUGUGGAUGGCAAAAGGUCUUUUGCUACAACCAAAGAGUAGAAACUCUUUGGAAGAAACUGGUUAUAAAUAUUUUGAUGAUUUGGUUUCAAGAUCAUUUUUUCAACAUUCUAAGACUUAUGUGAAUUCAUUUGUGAUGCACGAUCUCAUGCAUGAUUUAGCAACGUUCUAUGGUGGCAAGUUCUUUUCUAGUAUCCUUGAACUCAAGAAUGCAGCAAAGCAUGAUACGAAAACUCGCCACUUGUCAUGUACUCACAACAAUGAUGAUGAUUCGCUUAUGAAGAUCACAGAAGCAUGUGAAAGGUUAAAACAUGCAAGGACAUUGUUGCAAAUCAAUUUGGAUAAAUAUGGUGGAUUCUCAACGGGAGUAACUGUUCCUUGUGACUUACUAGAACAAUUAAAGCGUUUACGAGUUUUGUCAUUUAAUUUGUUUUCAGAUGAUGAAAACUUGAUGCAUGGUACAAUUGGUGAAUUGAUCCAUUUGCGUUAUUUGGAUCUUUCAGACACAUCCAUCGUGACUUUGCCCGAGUCUUUAAGUUGCUUGUACAAUUUACAAACCUUGAAGUUGAGAAACUGUAGAAAACUUAAAAAGCUUCCUAGCAAGAUGCAAAAUCUUGUGAAUUUGCAUCAUCUUGAUGUUUUUUUAACUGAUUUAGAUGAGAUGCCAAGAAAGAUGAGCAAAUUAAAAGAUUUGCAAUUUUUAAGUUGCUAUAUUGCGGGCAAACAUGAAGAGAAUGGGAUUGGAGAAUUGGGAGAGCUAACACAUCUUCAUGGCUCAUUGAGGAUUGAGAAACUAGAGAAUGUUAAGAAUAGUGGUGAAGCAUCGAAUGCAAGGAUGGAUGAAAAAAUACACCUGAAUGCUUUAUAUUUGAGUUGGUCAUCAUAUGAAGAAAGUGAGAUUUGUGAUUCCCAAAGUGAAAAAGAUGUACUUGACAAAUUACGUCCUCACAAAGACUUGAAGAAGCUAGUCAUCAGGCGUUACAGAGGUACCAUGUUUCCGGAUUGGGUAGGGCAGUCUUCAUAUCACAACGUGACUGAGUUGCAGCUGAUUGGAUGCAGGAAUUGUUGGGUGCUUCCUUCACUUGGACAGUUACCCGCUCUAAUGAGAUUGGAGAUUUCACAUUGUGAUAUGGUGACGAAGAUCGAUGGUGAAUUCUAUAAGGCUGAUGCAACUGAUCAUCAUCAGGAGAUACCAUUCCGAUCUCUUCAAUAUCUGGAAUUUUAUCGUAUGGGUUGCUGGGAGGAGUGGGAGUCAUUUGCAUGUGAUGAUGAUGAUGCACCAUUUCCUCAACUUGAGAAGCUUGUUAUAAAGUACUGUCCUAAGUUAAGAGGAGAUUUGCCCACUUUCCUUCCAUCUUUGAAAACACUUCAGAUUAAAGGAUGCGUGGAGCUUGGUUGUUAUCUGCCAGGAGCUCCCAUCAUACGCGAAUUAAGAAUAUUUGGCAAGCAGGAAGCAAGAAUGCGGGACCUGCCACUUUCACUGCAACAACUAACAAUGGAAGGAAAGCAGCUUGUUGAGUCUCUGUUUGAGGCCAUGACCCACACCCAACCAAAUCUCUUGGUUCUUAAAACAAGCAGGAGUGAAAAUUUGACAUCUCUGGAGGUGUCACAGUCACACUCCCUCCAAGAAUUAACAAUUUCAGAGUGCCCUAAGCUGGACUACAUAGUAAGGCUGCCUGCCUCUUUAAGGGAACUCAGUAUCUAUAGAUGUCCGUUGUUGGGUAGGCAUAAAGGGGAAGGACCCCCACAUUUGGCCAUCCAUUUCCCACAUCCCCACAAUAUAUGUUGAUGGAGAAGAGAUUCGCAAUGACUCAACAUCUUAAAACAGAUGCAUUCAGAAUGUUACCA